UUCUACUCUCUUGCGUUUUGGAAUCUGGAAUUUCCCCCCAGUGUCUUUCACCUCCGAGUUCCGAUAUUCUUUUAUCCGUGUUUGUUUCUGGUUGUUCUACUUGUACCACCAUAGCAUUGACUACAAGCUGGAGAGAAAAAUAAUGGCUUUUCUCUGUUAAUUCAAGACAUGGGCGGGGUGUUAUCGGAGCUGAUUCUUUGAGUACAUGUCAGGGGGUACAGCGAUUGAGUUUUUCGUUUGGUUAUCUGAAACUAUGGGAGGGAUUUGUUCGAGGUCCGCCAACGAGGACAAGGUAUUUGCUAAGACCGAUGAAAAUUUUGUGAAUCACAAAUCUGGUAAGAAUGGUCAGUCCAGCGUGCAGAGUGAUUUCACUACUGCACCUCAUAUAUGUGAAAAAAUGGAGAAGGAUGUGCAAGAACAUGGUGAAAUUCGAGGCACAGAUGCAGGCACUAGUCCAGAUGAUUUCUAUGAUGGAAUCCCACGCUUUACCCAUCCUUUUCCUCACAAGUCUAGGUCAGUUAAAUCAAGACAGGCUGCUGUGGCAAAGGUCUCUGAGGUGAGUUCACGUAUAGGAAGAGUUGGAUUUGGGAAGGCAGUGGAUGUCUUGGACACUCUUGGGAGCAGCAUGACAAAUUUAAAUGCUGGAAGUGGAUUUAUUUCUGGAACUGCGACAAAAGGAAAUGAAAUUGCUAUCUUAGCAUUUGAGGUUGCAAACACUAUUGUCAAGGGCUCUAGUCUUAUUCAAUCUCUGUCCAAAAGAAGUGUUAGGCAUUUAAACGAAGAGGUGCUUCCUUCAAAGGGUGUGCAAGAUUUGGUAUCAAAAGAUUCAGAUGAACUUAGAAGGAUUGUUGCAACGGAUAAGAGGGAGGAGUUGAAAGUUUUUUCUGAUGAGGUAAUCCGUUUUGGAAAUCGCUCAAAGGAUCCUCAAUGGCACAACUUGGACCGUUACUUUGAGAAAAUCAGCAGAGAACAAGAUGCCCCAAGACUGUCAGCAGAUGAGGUAGAAUCAAUGAUGCAGCAAUUGAUGACUUGGGUUCAGUUUACAGCUGAGUUAUACCACGAAUUACAUGCGCUGGAUAGGUUUCAGCAAGACUAUCUUAGUAGGCGUCAAGAAGAAGAUAGUUCUGGUGCAACUCAAAAAGAUGAUAGCCUUCCAAUCUUGAGGGCGGAACUUAAAACUCAAAAGAAGCAAGUUAAACAGUUGAAGAAAAAGUCACUCUGGUCCAGAAGUUUGGAGGAGAUUAUGGAGAAGCUUGUUGACAUUGUCCAAUUUUUGCAUUUGGAGAUGAACAAUAUCUUUGGCAGUGAUGAUCCUCAUAAGCCAGUAAUUGGAUACAGCAGCAGUCGUCAAAGAUUGGGUCCUGCAGGCCUUGCUUUGCACUAUGCAAAUAUAGUGCUCCAAAUUGAUACCCUUGUUGCGCGAUCCAGUUCUAUGCCCGCAAAUACAAGGGAUUCAUUAUAUCAGAGCUUGCCUCCUAAUGUAAAACUGGCUUUGCGUUCCAAAUUGCCAUCUGUUCAUGUUGCAAACCAGAUGACUGUGAAAGAGAUCAAAGAUGAAAUGGAGAAGACAUUGCACUGGCUGGUUCCAGUUGCCACGAACACAGCCAAGGCGCAUCAUGGUUUUGGUUGGGUUGGGGAGUGGGCCAACACUGGCUCUGAGGUAAAUCGGAAGAACACGCAAACUGAGGUGAUGCGGAUCGAGACAUUUCACCAUGCAGACAAGGACAAAGUUGAAGGUUACAUUAUCGAACUUCUUUUAUGGCUUCAUCGCCUGGCCAUCAAAAGUAAGGCUAGCAACGAUUUUGGUGAAACAAAGUCCACGUACAAGCCAGCUGUUGCCAUUACCCUGCAAAAGACAGAUAAGCAACCUAAGGAUGUUGAACUUCCGUUGCUAACAAUUGAUGAACAAAAGCUGCUGCAAGAAGUAACUAAGAACACACGAAUCCGAGGAAUCAGUAAGAGCUUGGACUUUGACAGCAUGAAUACUGCAAGGGAGAAGACCAGCAGGCUGACAAGGAGUUGCAGCCAUUCAUCAACAGUUAAAAGCAGGGAAUCAACGUUUAAUAGGAUUUCGUCUAAGCUUCCAUUGAUUGAUUUUGGUAUUGACAAGGAGAGAGCGUUGGAUGUAAUUGACCGAGUGGACAUGGUCAGAUAGUUUGUACAUACACCAUAUUCGUGCUGCAACCAUUGAGGGCCAAUUCAUGGCUGCACUUGUUGUAUCCCUGGCUUCAUUAGAGAGUUCAGUUUUGGUGAAGCACUGUACAAAACACUUAUGGCCCCAGGGUAGAUUUAUGGGAAAAUAGGCUCUAGAAAUAUGAUUGCAUUGCCCACAUGGGUUGAAGCAGAGUGGAUUGUGUUUUCAUAGUGAAUAGGCAAUGGGAAGAUACUGUGCCUGUCCCCUUCUGCAUUGCUGCAUGGGCUGCUUUGGAUUUGAUAUCGUCCUUGAACGCUGCCAAAUCCGAAACCUAUUUUUUAUUUUUUUUGAUAGAGAUGUAGAUGCUGGCCAUUAUAGAUUGUGUAAUAUCUGAAUAAUAUAGAAUCAUUGAAUAUGUAUGUACAAGAGUUUGAUGCC